UCAAUCAUCCGAUGCGAGGGACUCGACGCCGGUGAAUAAACGAGUCACAUUUAACAAGAGUUUGGACGGAAUCUUUAUGGGAAAUGGGGGUACCAAUACGAGAGAAGAUUUGGACACGAAAAUCUGUAUUUUUUGGUGUCGGAUUGACAUCUUCCUUAUCCAUAUUUGUUUGAAAUCUCCCGGUGCAAAUCACAGCAGUAGCACGCUAACGCGUUCCAUCGCACUACAUCUGCAGUUGUUGGUCGGUAACAAACUAGCUACCGUUAGUUAGCUGUAACCAGAAUAUGGAUAUUUUUGUAAAGACAAUAGAGGUGAUUGUGCUCGAGCGUUUAGCUGAUUUUACGUUAUGACCUGCUAACGUUAGUCCUGUAUUGGAAAUCUGACCGCUAAACCCAUUCCUCUGUAGUCAGUGGUAUCAAGGUGACGGAUGGAAGUCGCUAAACUGAAGCCACUGGACUUGUGAACCGGUGUAGAUAAACUAACUGUGGCUAAUGCUAUGUGCCGUGGAAUGUUGUACGCUAGCUAGCGACACAUUGAGUAACUAGCUAGCAGCUACCAUGAAUUAUAUUGUGUUAGCUAACCUCCGACAGAUGUUGGGUGGUAAUGUCGGCAAUCAAAUGUAAUAUGUAAUGUAUACCACGGGCUUACACCAUGUAUGUGGUUGGCCUCGUCCUUGUCAACCCCUGUGGUUGACACAUGUAUCAGUUUUUAAAAGCAAACAGCGGGAUAAAAACGCUGUCACCGGGUGGUGGUGCUGAAAAGAAAGAACAUAUUUUCUGUCGCUAGCUCGCUACAGUACUGCAGCAAUGGGAGCUAGCUAGCUAUAUAGCUAGCAGCACAUUAUAGCUAGCUAACCCCCCCAGAUUUUAUCAAUGGUGUCUAAUAAAUUUUUAUUCGCAAUAAUUCUAUUAUAUGUGUAUAUAGGUGUACAGUCAUUAUUUUACUUUUUUGGCGGCGUCGUUGUAACUAUUUUGGUUGCUAUGGCAUUUUUAAAUGGACCCAGACUAUUAGACUGGGCGAAUUCACCUCCUCAUCUUCAAUUCAACAAAUACGUCCUGACUGGAUACCGACCAAUAUCUUCUGUCCAAGACUGUAUAAGAAGCCUUUUUUACAUGCACAACGAACUGGGAAACAUAUACACACAUGGUAUCCCUCUGCUCUGCUUCCUGUUCCUCAUCCCGCUCAACUUCCCUUGGUCCCAGAUCAGUGUGACAUGGCUGGGUGUGGUCCACUUCCUGGCCUGCCUGUCCCCCCAGCUGGGCUCUGUGCUCUACCACCUCUUCAUGAACCACGAGGGAGGAGAGCCUGUCUACCACACCCUUCUCACCCUCGACAUGUGUGGCAUCUGUAUGAUCAACACGCUGGGAGCGCUGCCCAUCGUCUACAGCACCCUGCUGUGCUACCCAUUCACCCGCACAGUGGCUCUGCUCGUCUACAUCCUGCUGUCCAGCUACGCUAUCUACUCGGCCAUCACGGCGCGGAGUAGCGUGCGGCGCCUGCGCUCCUUUGCCUGGCAGGCCCUGUUCCGCUUCUCCUUCUUCCUGCUGCGCUGGGUGGGUGUGGGCGGCGGCAGCCCCACCUCGCUGCAACACUUCCUCACCAUGGACGCGCUGGCUGUACUGGGCGGAAUCAUCAACAUCUCGCGCAUCCCAGAGCGCUUCCGCCCGGGCCUCUUUGACUACUGGUGCAACAGCCACCAGAUCAUGCACGUGCUGGUGGUGGGCUCCAUCCUCUACCUGCACUGGGGUGUGCUGGACGACCUGCUCUGGAUCAACAGCCACCACUGUCCCUCAGACUGAGCCCCACCCUGCCUGGAGGGGGACCAGUGGGGAACAGGGUUUAGGACCUCUGGGGGGGGGACUGUUUCAAAAGGUAAUACUUGGGAAGGGAAGAUGGGAGGUGUUCAUGAAGACGUGCAUGGAAGGCCAGAUAAAGUGAUUUACAUAAUAGGGAUUGAUGCAGGCUUUGACACAUGUGCAAGAAUGUUCAUACUGUAUCUGUGUCCACCUUGCCAUUAUACAUGCGUUGCUAUUUAUAUUAGGGAAUAUUGGCUCACUGGUCAACACAUACACACACACACACACACACACACACACACACACACACACAGCAGCAGAGGAUCUGUGAAGAUUACACACAAAGGAGAUUAAGGAUUUGAUAUCAGAAAUACACAUAGAAAUGUCUACCAAAAAAAUAAUGAUAUGCAAGUGAAGUUACACUUGAGCAAUAGUUGAUUUGCUGUUGACUUACAGUAUCCUCAUGUGUUAAUUACCAUUUCAACCUAUGUAUUUUAUCAAAGUGGAUCCGUCAAUGAUGCAUUCAUUCUUUCUGAAGUAUUUUUCAGAUGUCAUUCUAUUGCAACCUAUGCAGCACAUAGCAUAUAAACUUCAGAACAAACACACACACCGCACACACUCACAGCGUAGCAUGCAUACAUGCUAGUAAUGUACAAGUAAUGCACAAAGCACUCCCAGACCCGUCACAGAGUCCUAUGGAACUACUUGAGUUACUGUGUAUUAGAGAGGAUAUUCUCCCUCUCAUUGUUUCUUCCAUGUUUGUUUGUCUUUCUCCCUUCUCUCUGGCUUUGUCUGUCUCUCUCUGGUCAGGUAUGGGUUAAGGGUAUGGGUGACUGGGUAUGGGUGAAGGGUAACUGGGUAUGGGUGAAGGGUAACUGGGUAUGUGU